AUGGCUGGUGGUGUGUGGGGCAGGGGCCGGGGCCAGGGCCGGGGAGCUGGUGUGGGGGCCCUAACUCUGGCAGCUGUGGCUGAAGGGAUCCGGGCCAGCCAGGAGCAACCCUUGGGGCCCCCUUCCACCAGCCCUCAGCCCAAGCCCCAGGAAUUUGAAUCUGAGGCAGAGACCCAGGUCCGGGAUGCCACCACUGCCUCUGGGGUUGAGCCUGGAAGUGAAGCCUCCUCCUCUGCAGCAGGCAAUGAACCCUACUCCCUGCACAAUGCUCAGGCUCAGGAAGCAGUCCCUGCGGGACCCUACCAGAGUUCCUGGGAGGAGGGCACCCUCGCUGACCUGGCCAUGUAUACGGCUGCCUGCCUGGAGGAGGCUGGCUUUGCGGGGACACAGGCCACGGCGCUCACCUUGUCAUCAGCCCUGGAAGCCAGGGGGCAGAAGCUGGAAGACCAGGUGCACGCCUUGGUGCGCGGGCUGCUGGCACAGGUCCCCAUCCUGGCUGAAGGGAGGCCCAGGCGGGCUGCUCUGCGAGUGCUUAGUGCCCUGGCCCUAGAGCACGCACAGGACGUGGUGCGUGCGCUGCUGCCGCACUCCCUGCCCCCAGAUCGAGCAGCAGCUGAGCUGUGGCGCAGCCUAAGUCGGAACCAACGUGUAAAUGGGCACGUGCUGGUGCAACUGCUGUGGGCACUGAAGGGGGCUUCUGGGCCUCAGCCCGAGGCACUGGCGGCCACGCGUGCCCUCGGGGAGAUGUUGGCUGUAUCAGGCUGUGUGGGAGCGACACGUGGCUUCUACCCACACCUGCUACUUGCACUAGUCACACAGCUGCAUGAGCUGGCUCGUAGUGGGUGCUGUCCUGAAAGUCCUAAAGUUUGGGUCCUGUCCCACAGAGGGCCACCACACAGCCAUGCCAGCUGCACAGUGGAAGCCGUGAAGGCCCUGCUCACUGGGGAUGGUGGCCGUAUGGUGGUCACAUGCAUGGAGCAGGCAGGAGGCUGGAGGAGACUAGUAGGAUCCCACACCCACCUAGAGGGUGUCCUGCUGCUGGCCAGUGCCAUGGUGGCACACGCGGACCACCACCUGAGAGGCCUCUUCGCAGACUUGCUUCCCCGGAUGCGCAGCACAGACAUUCCACAGCGCCUUACAGCGAUGGCUUUCUUCACUGGGUUGCUACAGAGCCGGGCCACCACACAGCUCCUGCGGGAAGACAUCAUCCUGGAGCGGCUUCGUACCUGGCAGCGUGACCCUGAGCCCACCGUGCGCUGGCUGGGUCUGCUAGGUCUCCGGCACCUGGCCCUGAAUUGUGGGAAGGUACGGCACAUGAGCACUCUGCUGCCUGCACUGCUGGGUGCAAUGGGAGAGGGCGACGUACGGCUUGUGGGUGCAGCUCUAGGAGCCCUGCGGAAGCUACUGGUGCAGCCAGGAGUACCAGUGCGGCUCCUGAGCUUGCAGCUAAGGUUGCGCCUCCCACCACUGCUGGAUGAUGCCCGGGAUUCCAUCCGCGCCUUAGCAGUUGGGCUUCUUGGUACACUGGUGCGGCGGGGCCAAGGCAAGCUCCGGAUGGGACUUCACGGCCCCCUUCGGAAGCUGGUCCUGCAGAGUCUCGUGCCGCUGCUGUUGCGCCUGCAUGACCCUAGCCGAGAUACUGCUGAGAGUUCAGAGUGGACACUGGCCCGCUGUGACGAGGCCCUUCGCUGGGGCCUGCUGGAGGAGAUAGUCACUGUGGCCCACUACGACAGUCCAGAGGCUCUAAGCCGUGUCUGCCACCGCCUGGUUCAGCAAUACCCAAGCCACAUCCCUUGCUUCCUGAGUCAGACCCAGGGCUACCUGAGGAGCCCACAGGUUCCCCUGCGCCUAGCUGCCACCGUGUUUCUAGGCUUCCUAGUCUACCAUGCAUGCCCUAGCCAUGUCAACCAGGAUCUGCUGGACUCCCUGUUCCAGGACCUAGGGCAGUUGUACAGCGACCCAGAACCUGCUGUGGCUGCAGCGGCACACGUGUCCACACAGCAGGUGGCGCUGCUGGCCUGUGCACAGAGCCAACCUAGCCGAGGCCUCCUUCUGCAACUGAUCUCUCGCAAUACCUACCCCGCCAGGCCCACACCAUGCUACGCUGACAGCCCAUUCCAGCAUCGGAGCCUUGAGGGCCGGUGGGGCUGCAAUGGACCCUGCUCCCCUGGCCCUGUGCCAAGCUUCUAACGGAGGCAUGGCAGCCUUGCAGUCACUGGUCCCCACAGCAGAAAACCUGUGGAAUGCCUUCAUGCAAGGUCCCCUGAGCCUGGUGCUGGACACCAGGCCCUUGUCCUGGGACUGCCCUCCAGGGGCACCAUAAGACAGUAUGGAAGAGGGUCAGCUGAUAGCAUUUCACCCUGAAACCCUCACCUCUUGACCACAGGAUCCAUCUCCUUAUCAAAUCUAUUCCCCCUCCCCUCGGAAGAACAUGGGCCCAGACCCUGGCCUUCAGAGCCUCUGGCCUCCCAAACCAGGGUCUGGUGGGGACACUGAAGGGACCUGCCUCCUACUGGGCCCAUGCCUCCUGCCUGGCCUCGGCUGCCCCACCUGUGAGUCUCUCUCACCACCAUACACCACCCUGUUCCUUGACUUCUCUGCUAUUUCUUUUCUUUUCUUUUGGGCACCAGCAAUCAAACUUAGGAUCUUGCACUUGCCAGGCAGGCAUUUGUGCCACUGAGUAUUGUCUGUUGUUUCUGACUACUGUUCUGGCUCAUGUUCCCUGAGCUUAUGAGGUGUUGACCUGCCCUACUGGCCAUAGCUGCUGUUCCCCUCCACUGGCCACAUGACCUCCCUCCUCCUGUGACUUUGUUUGGAAGACUUUGUUUGCAAUCCCUUUUAGCUGGGCAGCAAAGCCUGGGGGUACACCAGAGGUCGAGACAUGGGGGUGGGUACCCCAUAGCAGAUAGCAGACUGUGAGUAGGGGCUGUGACACUCAGCACAGGGCUGAAUGGGAAUGGUGGCACUGGACAGAUGGGAAGAGGCCCCUCUGGGGGCUGCCAAAGCUGUGACCUCACCCCUUUGGGUGCUUGCUUGGGCAAGUGCCCUCACCCAGGCCUGUGUUGAGACAGACUCUCAACUUUCAAGGCCUCAUUGUGAAGGGUUGGGCUGUUCCCCCACACUGGGGGUU